UCUCUUCCAAGUCAAUUACAAUUUCUAUUGAAAGAGUAUGCAACCAACGAUAAGUGAGGCAAAGAUAAGAACAGAGCAAAUAACAUUAAAUUUCACAAUAUUGCCUAUCAACUUUUACAAUUAGCUUAGUUAGCUUUCAAUUUUUGUGGAAAAAUGUUGCCGAUUUUAACAAUUCCGUUCAUAGCCUCAGGCCUAGGAUUCGGCACGUAUUUCUUCUACCAUGAUACGGAAUUACUGGUGAUUUCUCGAUGGUUGGAGUUGGUAGCAUCUGCAAUAUUACUAUAUGGCAUACUGAAGGCCGAGAACCAAUACAAAUCGUCAAUAAUGCUCUUUUGGUUAGGUAGUGCUUCCGUAUUAUUCUUAACACUGGUCGGUUCUUUAUGGAUAAAGUACGAUUAUAUUCUGUACCCUAUUAUAGCUGAUGUUAUAUUGGGAUAUAUGAUGUACAUUUUAUACAAGGAAUAUUUAAAGUUAACAGAAGAGGCGACAAUAUCUAGUUGGCGAUUUUGCAUAUCACACAGUCCAAAACAUGUUCUCACUGUUGCCCCCCUGGUGGUUCUUUUUCUAGCAUAUUCAACUUUUUCGAACACUUUUUAUUAUGAAAAUUCGUCUCGUAAUAUUGGUUGCGUUUGUGUAUUAGGCAUGUCAAUAUUAUUAAUGUUUGGCAUCUUCUUGGCCGAGCCUAGGCACCUGGGACCAAUUUUAUUUUUUUGGUUUCUUGCCACAUAUGCAUUUUUUAACAUACUCCUUUUCUCUAUUGACCGUGCAACGCUUUUUGUCAUAACAGCUAAUGUUUUGAUAGCUGCUGUUAUGUAUAUUGUAUAUAAAUCGUAUAUUCAGUUGGAAAAGAAUCGAAAAGAAAACAAUUUUUAUACUGAACAGAAUUAAUCUGCUGAGAAUUAUUAGUACUUAUAAAUUAUG